UAUUUGACAAACCUUGUUUUGAUAAACCGGCACUGCCUGCCGAUUUUAGGAUUAAAACUUGACAGAACAGAGAAAGAUGAGACAUUCUAGAUACUCUAGAGCUGGUAAAAUGCAAAGGAACCUGGUCUUGGGCUUGAUAAUAUGCUUCAUCAAUUCAAUUCAAAAUUCAGCUUCCAUGCUCAGUCCACGUGGUCCACGACCUGAAACACAUGCUCAACAAAAAUCAUCUUCAUGUUCAGUGGAGACAAAAUGGGCAAUCUGCACUGACAGUGACUGGGGUCCCAAAUGUCCAUCUGGAUGCCGAAUGCAAGGAUUAAUAGAUGUUAAAAACCAACAAAAUGAUGAGCGGAUAAAAGACAUCCGUCAGAUGUUGGAUGACUAUUCCAAAAUGUUUGGGAGUACUCACAUUACAGUAACUGAAGUUGUCAAUAGAAUCAGACAGUCUCUGGAUGGACUAGGAAAAUUUGGUGAUACAUACAAUCAGCAAGUACAUCAUCUGAAUUCCAGACUUACCAUUUUGCAGAAAAAAGUCAAUGAACAAAUUUAUAAAAUACAUGUACUACGACAAAGUAUUUUGGAACAAUUCAAAGAAAUUACAAGACUGGAGGUUGACAUCAAUAUAAAGAUACGGGCCUGCAGAGGAUCUUGUUCAAAAUCAUUCAUUUACAACAUUAAUAGAGAACGUAAUGCACAACUGGAAAAAAACCUUGAACAUAUGACUUCAUAUGGAAUCGGAAGUAUUGUAUAUGGAAAACCAACACAUGCCUUCAAAAUGCGUACACUCAAAGGGAGUUCAGGCAGCAAUUUUAAAUCUCUUACAAGAGAUCAAAAAUAUCCAGAUUUCUGGGAUGAAAUAAGUAUGAGGGAAUAUACCCUAGAAACAAAUACUGAAGAUUCAAGUGGUAGUGAAACUAAAUAUUAUAUGGCUUAUAAUCGAACAGUUAGUGCAACUCCACAUUCAGAUGUGAAAAUACCAACUAGUGCAACUCAUGUAGGUAGCACAUCGCGGGGUGAUGGGCUCUUCCAAGAAGGCCAUUUUGAUGAAGGUCCAUAUUUCGGCCACAGCUCCUUUCAUAAAGCGCACACUUCACAUGAGUCUAUAAUUACUGAAAGAACCAUUUCAAAAGAUGGUACAGUUAGCAAAACAGACAUAACAGGUGUGCCUGAUUCCCUCUCAACUUCCUUUCAACAUCUUCUUGACAAGUUAGGAAUACCAUCACACGCAAAGGGUAAGGGAUCUGCUACUAGCACGUCCACACAUCACUUGCCUGAAUCUGAAAGUCUUCGAGCUUCCAAUACAAAAUCAACAUCUAAGACAGGUGGUGAGGUAGUUCAUAGAACGAUAGUCACAGUCACUGAUCACUCAGGAGACUUCUCAAACCUGGGGGAUUUCAGUGAUUUUGGUGGUGACCCAAGUGUCAGAAUGGAGGGACUUAGUAGUUCAACAAAAAAAACUACACUUACUCGCUGGUCCAGUAACAGUAAUCCAAAGGGAUUCACAGAAAGCCAUGACAUGAAUACGUCCGAUUCUCUCACUCGUGAAUUCAGAGACCAUCAUGAAAACAGACACUUUCCUUGGUGAAUAGCACAUGAGAUAAAAGCAAGUGAAGAGAAUGGAAAACUUCCCAAAGAUUAUCAGCCCUUAUCAACUAUUUUCUCAAACCCAUUAUUAAUUGAAGAAUCAUUUCAAUAAAGAUAUGCUACAAUGGAUUGGA